CGAAUCGAUCCCAAAACCUGAUGGGAAAAGCAAGGACAUCCUCUUCGGCCCGGUCCGUGCCCGACCGACCGACCAAUCGAGCUUCCUGCCUCGACUCAACGCCCAGAAAGCUGCGAUUUAAUCAAUGGCACCACCAUGCAUUUCCUUUCCUUUCGCGUUAUAAACGAGCCGAAAAGCGAAACCCACUAUUAGUUUCGUGCUUCGCCUUUCCUUCUCUCUUUAAUCUAGCGGUUGCUCUGCUCCUUUUAUGCACUUUUGUCUUCUGGGUGCAGGUUUUUCUUUUUCCUCCUCCUUCCUCUCAUUUCCCACAUUCGUUGGUUGGAUUUUGACGAGUCAAAAUUUUCCUGAUUUCAAUUUAAAUGCGAAUUCUUUGCUGGGUCUUGACUCUCCACAAUAACCAUAUUCUGGGGCAUCUUCAAAAUCCCAAUUUUUUCCCCUUUUUCCCGAAUCCUGAAUUCGCUCGAGAACCAUGAUUUCCAUGUCGGGUUCUCUGUUGCUACCUCUUAGUUUGUCCAGUGAUUCUCCUCGGCGUGUUGGGUUUUCCUUUUCGAGGACGAGUGCCUUGGAUUCGCGUUGCAGCGGGCAAAGGAAUGUGGUUUGUGGGUGUAUGGCCCCUCCUACGAACCUGAGAAGCGAUGGAUUUUCAGCAACCGAAUACGAUGAUCCAUCAAAAUUAGGGAAAAUGGGCAUAGUCCGGGAGCACAAGGAUGAUUCAGAUGUCCUUAUUGAGUGUAGAGAUGUGCACAAGUCGUUCGGCGAGAAGCAUAUAUUAAGGGGUGUGAGCUUUAAGAUUAGACACGGUGAAGCUAUUGGAAUAAUUGGUCCUUCUGGCACUGGGAAAUCUACGGUUUUGAAGAUUAUCGCGGGACUACUUGCCCCAGACAAGGGAGAAGUUUUCAUUCGAGGUAGGAAGCGAGCUGGUCUCAUCAGUGACGAGGAGAUAUCUGGUCUGCGAAUAGGAUUGGUAUUUCAAAGUGCUGCACUUUUUGAUUCCCUCACCGUUCGGGAAAAUGUUGGUUUUCUAUUAUAUGAAAAUUCCAACAUGCAUGAAGAUAAAAUCUUGGAGCUUGUGACAGAGACCUUGGCUGCUGUUGGAUUGAAGGGAGCUGAGGAUCGAUUACCCUCUGAAUUGUCUGGAGGGAUGAAGAAACGUGUUGCUUUAGCUCGGUCUAUUAUUUUUGAUACCACAAAGGAUUCAAUAGAACCAGAGGUACUCUUGUAUGAUGAACCAACAGCUGGGCUUGAUCCUAUUGCAUCCACUGUGGUUGAAGAUCUUAUCCGAUCUGUGCAUUUGAAAGGUGAAGAUGCAGUUGGAAUGCCUGGGAAGAUAACGUCAUAUGUGGUUGUCACUCAUCAGCACAGCACCAUCCAAAGAGCUGUCGACAGGUUGAUUUUUCUUUACGAAGGAAAGAUAGUCUGGGAAGGAAUGACUCAUGAGUUUACGUCGUCGGCAAAUCCAAUCGUUCGGCAGUUUGCUUCAGGAAGCUUGGACGGUCCAAUUAAAUAUUAGUGUUUGAUGUAUAC